CUCUCGUUACCACUCACCCAACGCCGCAGCUGGCCGGCCGCGUCUCUCCCCGGUCCUUCUCCCUCGCCGGCCCCGCCUCUCCCCGGUUCUUCUCCCUCGCCGGCCCCGCCGCCCCGCGCCUCCAGUCGAGCUGACGCGCGUGGAAUCCUAGCGGCGGGCCCUGUCGGACGCCGUCGAGGACGACCCUACCCGUCCUCGCGCGGCUCUCCCGUUGCCCGACCCUCUCCUACCUCGCCUGCGAGGUCCGGCUCCAUCGCUCGCCCACGAGGACGACGCCGACGCCGACCGGUCCCUCCAGAUGCGCCGCCGGUCGGGAACGACAGUGGCACAGCCCGACCAGGAGCAGCAGCUGCGCCCCCUCCGACGCAACCAGGACGCGAGCCACGUACACCAAAACGAGAGCCACGGAGGGGAGAUGGCCUUCCCGACCGCAAAGCUCCACCACUACUGUCGCAGCAGCUCCGUCGGUCCCCUUCGAGGCGCACGCCGUGGUGGAAGUGAUCUAAGUGGAAACAAGCGAACAAACAAGGAGCAAUCUUCUGAUCAGAAAUUUGAAAAGAUGAAUGUUGCUUUGCGUCUUAGUUUCUUGAAGGGUUACCCUGUAAGGGUCAUAUGGUAAGUGUCCAUUUAUCCAGCCUUGUAUGUGACAAUGGCAGCGGUUUCUUCGACUUUGUGUGUUGGGAGAGUUUUCUGGUUUCUCACCUUUUUCCUCUAUGUGAUCUGGUGAUCUGGUCAUCUAACCGAUGACAAUGCUCGUUUAUGUUCUAUUUUGUUAGUUGUAUACCUAGGACUCGUUCAUGGGCUCAUUUGACAUAAGUUUUAUUGCUAUUGGUUGGUUUUCAUCUCCUAAUGGCAGUUGUACCUUCUGAUGUAGUAGGUGUUGACACUACUUACUAUCACUUGAAUACUUGAUGUUUUUGUAUUGCUACUUGUGUGCUUGUUGUAUUUGUUGGAGCUGGGCUGGACUACUAGAUCAAAGUGAUUUCUUAAAAACAAAAAAAAAAUCUGCUGCUAAAUAGGUUUUAUUCCCAUUUCUGUUGUCGUAUUCCCCAAAUAAAAAAAAACUAUGGAACCAGGAAGGCAAGAUGAGCGUCAUUUAUUAUAGGUUGCCAUCUUGUGUUAUUCAGAUGUGUAUUAUUGACUUGCCCCUAAGUGUUCGUCUAUGGUCUCCUAUAGUAUGAUUGGACCAAUAUAUGUUUCCUCAGCCCUGCAGUAUGAAGAGUUUUGCCUCUUUUUUAACAGACAAAAAAUGAUUUUUAAUACAUUCUAUUGUUGGUUAAUCAUACCGUAUGUUAUGCAGGAAAAUGGACGAGUUCUUACUAUUUGUUCCACUCAUCUCCAUAUUUUACUCUGAGAAGAAUGCAACAUUGACGAUAGUAGCAUUUAUCGACAUAGUACCUAUUUUUUUUCCUUUGACAAAGUUGGGUCUGUUUUCCAUAGGAAGGUAAAUCCUUCAUUCCUAGGCAAUUUGUUUCACGUGUUGCUGUCAUGUGUUUAUCUGGUAGUUACUUCUGUAAAUUACAAGAUACAAACAAUCAAUCAUGAAUUUUGUUAGUGAGAUGCAUUUGUUCUUGGUAUAUAAUGGCAGAGAUACUUGCUUGGAGUAGUAGUUGAUCUAAUCUGGAGGUCAUUUAGUAUUUUUCCCUAUUCAAAUACUAGUAGUACCACAAUCGCUCUGCUAGUAGUUGAUCCAACCUUCGUGUUGUUUUAUUGAUUUACCAUGUUUAUUGAGCAGCACAACGGCCACUGAUAUAGUAAUUUGGACCUGACUCGAUGUAUAUUCUUGUCAUCUGCUCUGUAUUUUAUUUAAUAAACUGUGUGAAUGAUGUGAGAUUAUUUAGUUACUAUAUUAGUCAGAUCAAAUUAAUUUUGUCUUAGUUUACGUGGCAGGGCAUGACGCAAUUUCGUUGAUGGCAGCGCCUGAGCAGAUGUAGGAGGAGCUGGUGUCACCUCCAUGUGAAGAGGGAGGACAUGGAUGGGAUGCUAGACUAGGUGAGGGGCUCGCUGAGCGUGUCUCAGAUAAGGGCGCCAGGCUGCUGGAUUCGUGGAUGGGUACGUGGUGGCCAGGAAGAGGGUUCUGUGCGCAAGCAUGCCAAAUGACGCUGUUGCAGGUGAUUCUAAUACUUCUGGUGAUAGGGCAAAGGUGUCCGAUCUUUCGAUGAGAUGAUGAUAAUUUGAUUUGUUGGUGGAGUUCGUGCUUGACGAUCCGACUACACGUGCAAAGCUCGUGCGCCAAUGCAAUCGCUAGGACAAUCUCCGGGAGUUACUGAUCUUGCGGAAGCACGAUCAGCCUGACCAGCGAGGGUCUUAAUUCCUACCUGAAAUCGAGAACAAGUAAGAACUAAUAUUGCAAUCAGAAUAU